AAGAAAACCAGUCAACAGAAACAAAAUCAGCAUGUCUCAACCACAGAGUAUCGGCGAUGUAAUAGAUACCCGGCGAAGGUCACGUUCGAAAACACCCAGUAUAAGCCUACGCGUCAGCACCGAACGUGAGCUAAACGGUUCGGAAACGUCACCUGGCCGGAAGGUACGCAAACCGCCCACGGUCGGUAUGAUCGAGGAGGAGCCGGCUUCACCCGCCGUCCAGAAGACGGGUACACCGACCCAAGCACGCACCAAUCCCGUGCGUUCAACUCGCACCGUAACGUCAGACUACUCGUCCGAAGAUAUCUCGCCAGAUCGUGCACACCAGGCGGCAACCGUCGUGAGUGCAAACGCACAGCUGUCGAAAGCGAUGAACCAGCUCACGCAAUCGUCCGUUAAUACCACCACAACGACAAAAACGGUCCAAGAAACAACGGUCGUAAUUGGUGGCGGGAAAGAAACGAUUAGCACCAGACAAACGGUCACACAAUCCAGCACCAACAACAGUGCAAAAAAUGCAAAUGAUAACACCACAACAACAACCACUGCCCCCGGUAAAGAAGCGCUUUCGACGUCACCAAAGAAAGAUGCCGGCAGUGUGCAGAAAGUGUUGUCCCAAGCCGCCACAACCGCCACGAGGAGCAGCAGCGGCAGCAAGGGUUCCGUGGUUACCACCGCCGCCGCCGUUAUACGUACGAGCACGCCUAAGAAUGCCGCCCAAAAGCUAGCCUCCGCAAAGGUUAUCCUGACGCCGGAGGAACUGCAGCAACAUGCCGCAUACAAAGAGUACCUGGAAGCGGGCGAAUACUGGAACAAGUACCCGAAGACGGAUUACACCUACUCGGAGCUUUCGCCCCAUCGGCGUGAGGUCGCACCGGGACUGGUUGCAAUGCCCAAUAUGUCGAGGCCGAGUUUAAACAAGCACGCCGAACGGGUGCAAACCAUGAUCCAGCGUAAUCCCGAGCAGGAAGCGUACAUACGGGAACGGUACACUUCGGCCCGGUCACGAUUGAUUCGAUCGAAUCCGUACGAUUCGAACGACGAGACGGAUGAGUUGACCCAGAGCAGGAGUAGCAGCAGCCAACAAUACCAGCAGCAGCAGCACCGUGUAACGAUCGAGCAACGUUCGAUCGUGUCUCGUUUCUUCCUGUCGAUCGUUACGUUCUGGUUUACAUGUGUUGAUUCGGUGCGUAGCGUGUUCCGCCGACGAGAGGAACAUCAAAUGUACUACACACGUAUCGAGGACGAGCGAGGCUUCUUCGCCCGUGUGUCCGACGGUGUGACGUCCUUCUUCGUGAAUGUAUUUAAGCGCAUCUAUCUCUUCAUCUCUUCCGUCCUAUUUUUGGACGCAUGGUUGCUGCAAACGGCAGCAGUUGACAACGAACAGCAGCUUCAGCGUGGACAGCGAAAGCGUCGUUUCUUGCUGUUCCUACUGGUUUUGUUACCAUUCUUGCUUACCGGAGCGUUCCUCCUUGCGGACGAAGAUCAAACGAUCGUACUGCCUGCAUCGUCCCGUGCUACACUCGCUCUAUCAUCGAUGUCUCGCAUUCUGCCAACAAAUCUAAAGCAAUCCGAUCUAGAUAUUGAGUAUAUUUAUCGAUUCCUGAACGAAAAGAAUGCAAACUUGCGUGAGAAGUUGGUGUCCGUUUCGUCUUUCAUGCCAACCGUUUCACUAUUCGGCUGGAUACCGACUAUCUCCUGGUCCUGGUGGCCAUGGUCGUGGAGCUGGAGUGAUGGUGGCAGCAGGAAAGACAUUCCAUACCCGGAAACAAUACGUACUACGCUGCAGCGUACCCUCAGCAAGGAAGAAUUUGAAGAACUGAUGCGCUAUAUCGAUGGAUACAUUGAUGGCGUGAUGGAGCAAAAGUUCGCCUCAAAGGUAGAGCAGGAACGGCUACAGAGGACGUCCGAAUCAUCUGCAAAGCCCAUUAUUACACCAGAAGUAACCGUACACGUAGCGCAGGUGAUCGAGGAAAGCUUAAAAUCAUACAAUUACCAGUUAACCGACAGUGACAUUGAAAAGGUGGCGGAAAAGGUUCAACAAUCAUUGAGUGCCAACUAUCCUCGGCUUUUUGAAAAAUCGUCUUCUACCUCGAAAGAUGGUAGUAACAGCAUGCCGCUGUCGAAAGAAUACAUCACCGAGAUCCAGCGAUUAGUUGAGCAGCACAUUACGGUACAAAACAAUCACUACGUCAUUAGCGAACCUCAGCUGGAAGACAUUUUGGCACGGAUAUUAACGUCCGACAAGCUAAGUCUUUUAAUCGAUCAAAGAAUCCUUGCCCACGGUGUCGCACACUCGGAGCAUCGUGUGGUGGCCGAUCAGCGCGAGCGAGAAGCAUUGGUGGACGAUCUUCGCAAAGAAUUGAACGAUAUUAAGACACACUUUAGCGAGCAGCUGCUGAGCACCAGUGUGCAGUGGACCGAAAAACUCCAACUAGUGCAACAGAAUCAAAAACAGUUCGAAGAACAACUGCGAGCGUAUCGGUUGGAAAGUAACGAUCUGUACCAAAAAUUGCUGACCGAUAUUGACAACCGGCUGAACGCUUUGCGGGAAGAAAAGUACGAAGGCGUGAACAGAGCGAUCCGCGAGAAUAUUAUCACAAUUUUAGGCCUUAACGUAAAGCAAGAUAUUGCCGAAGGUGAUCUACGUGCGUGGAUUAACGGAUUGUUCGUGGCACGUGAUCACCUGGAGCAACGGUUGGAGGAGAUUCAAGCGAAGGUGAAUGUGGCUGUACGAGAGGAAAUCGAUCGAACAGCGGGUCGGUUGAUGAGCGAAAUAGGUGAACAGUUGCGAGUGGAAAUGAUGCUUCGAUUGAGGGAGGAAACGGCACGGGUAGAAGCCACAGUAUCCGAGAGUAAUACAUCCGCCGAUGGAAAAGAUGUUCCGGAGGCGGCGGCGACGGCAACCUCUUCCAAUCUUUCCGAAGACGAUGUGAAGCGAAUUGUGCGUGAUGCACUCAUAGUGUACGAUGCGGACAAAACGGGUAUGGUCGAUUAUGCGCUCGAAUCGGCCGGUGGUCAGGUGUUGUCGACUCGGUGCACCGAAAGCUAUCAGGCUAGUUCGGCAGAGUUUCGGAUUUUCGGCAUCAUACCGAUUUGGUAUCCGUCCAAUACACCGCGGACGGUCAUUUCGCCCACGAUGGAACCGGGACAGUGUUGGGCGUUCCAGGGAUUCCCUGGAUAUCUGGUCAUACAAUUAAAUACCGAGAUAAUCGUGACUGGCUUCACGCUGGAGCAUAUUUCCAAACUGCUUGUAUCGAACGGAUCAAUUAGCUCAGCCCCGAAGCACUUCACUGUUUGGGGCCUGGUAGCGUUGAACGAUCCCGAACCUGUCCUGCUAGGCAGCUACGAGUACCUGGACAAGAUGGGCAGUAGCGUGCAGUACUUCCCGGUGCAAAACAAGGACUGGCAGCAACCUUUACAGAUUGUGGAGCUGCGCAUCGAAUCGAACCACGGCAACAUUCACUACACCUGUCUCUAUCGGUUCCGAGUGCAUGGCGAUAAGCCGUAA